AUGUCCGACGUACCACCAACCGAGUCCAUUCCCAAACCAGAGGAACCUAAAGAACCACAACAGUCUCCUCAGCAACCUCAGUUCCAGCAAGUACCUCCGAAUUACUACCAAUUUCCACCUCAAGGUUACUACCCACCACAAGGCUUCCCGAACUACCCUCCUCAGCCUAUGCCUUACUGCCCCAACCCUUGGAUGUUUAUGCAAAACCCUGCCCCACAAUUCCAAUCUCAGUCCAAGAGAGACCAAGACUUCGAAGAAGGUCUGAACCGCUUACGCAAAGAGUAUGCUACAGCUCCAAUUGAGAGAAAGUUGUUCCCGGACCAAAAAAUAUAA